AUGGCGCGGUUGACGCGAGAGAAGGCCGAGGCGGAACGACGGGGAGAGGAGGAGGCGGAGAGGCGGAGGGCAGCAGAGGAGGAAAUGGGGCGGCUGAGGGCGGCAUUGGAGGAGGCUGAGCAGCGCACGGAGCACUGGCGCGCACAGACAGAACGAUGGCACAGGGAAGUGGCGUGGUUGAGGGGAGAAGAAGCGGAAGGGGUGCGCGGGGAGUUGGUGGGAGAAGAGGUGGUGUGGCGCGAGGAGGAAGGUGAUUGGCGGGAGGUGGCGGGGGUGGCGGAGGGUGCAGGAGGCGGGGGGGGCUGUGGUGCUGAUGGGAAGGUGGGUGGUGAGGAGGAGGAUACAGACGAGGCAGAGAGCGAGGCACUGGGGCAGUGGCAGGCGCAUGGGACAAUGGCGGGGCUGCUGGGCGUGGCAGGCAGAGAGGCUGGUGCGAGUGCGGUGCUUCAGGGGGGCUUGGGGGAGAGCGAGGGUGCAAUAUGUUGUGAUGCGGUUGAUGCAGAGCAUGCAGGGGUGGCGGCUGGGCAAGCAUGUGUGGGCGGGCACGAGGAGGGCGUGCAUGCCAGGGAGGUUGAGAGAGGGGCAGAGGCAACGCAGGAAGGGAGGAUGGGAGCAGCGGAGAGAGUGGUGGGGUGUGAGGUGGAGGGAGAGGAGAGCGAUGGGCGAGGGGGAGAGGAGGAUAGCAGUCUUGAAGGACAGAGUGGGGGGGCGGGAGGGGAGCAGCAGUGCGAGCAGGGAGGGCAUGAAUGCGCAGAAGAGUGGUGGCGGUAUGGGGAGGGGGAGGGGAGAGGGGGGGUAGAGGAGAAGGUGGCAAUGGGAGGCAGGCAGGAGGCAGGGAGGUGUGUGGUAGAGACGGCUGGGAGGGACGGUGUGGUAGAGGCGAUGGAGGAUGAUGCGUGCAUGGGCUGGGGCGAGCAGGGCAUGUGGGCCGCGCUGGUCGGGGCGCAAGAGGACGAAGAGGACUCGCACACAAGGGAGCACGGCGGGGAAAGGUCGAGGGGUGUUGAGACUGAAUGGGAGGGUGGGGUGCGGGCAAGGACGGAGGAGGAAGGGAUGCAUGCAGGAGUGGGCACAGCGCAUGCAGCAUGGGCGCACUGGGGCGCGGUGCGCUGCAGGUGGACAAGGGAGGGGCAGGCGUGUGGGUGGAGAGUGGUGUGGGAGAAGGGGGCGCAGGAGCAGAUGGGUGCGGUGAAGGUGGUUGUGUAG